UGCGCUCUCCACAUUUAGUAAACAUCAAAUAAGAAUUCGUCUCGUGGAAUUUGUACUCUUACAUUUUCAUCAUCAUGUAUUUACAUUCGUUAAAUAUGCAACCUUAAUCCUUUCCGCAAGCGCACAUGACAGAAAUGCUAAACGUUUAUGGGUUGCCCUUCAACACGGCUUUCUUCUACCGUCCGUUACUCGCCCCGAAACGUGCAUGAGGAUGAGCUUAGGUUGCAAGUAAAACGUGUUUGCACUGCUUCACCCUCAGCCACCAAAUGCCCCAAUCUCCACGAGAUAAACGGUGUAAGCUAUAAAUAGGGAUCCCUGACUAGUGUCGUCCGGAAAAUAGGCGCGCGCAAGUCCAAUCGGCAAGCCGAUGAACAGAACGAAUAGGAAUAGGCGGUUGAAUCGAAGGUGGUUGCUGUUCUUCCUCGCGUGAUGUACCAGAAAAAUGCUGCGAUCUCUACGGGUUUGUUUAGAUCUUCUCGUUUUUGCAGUGCCUUCCGGAGCUCCACGUUUCCCGUCACGGUUCUUGACCGCAUUCUCUCGACUCCGUAAUCCAAGAAGAACGUUGGACCGAGAAUUUGCGUGGAGGGGUAAUCUAAGGAGAGAUUCUUGGAGACAAGGACAUGAGCAGGUCUCCGGUCCCGGACGGCGGCGGCAAUGGCUUGCCGCCACUGAAACCGUCGGUGUCGCUGUCACCGUCGCCGACGGGCCCUCCGGAGAGCGACAUCAGCCACAUGCCGGACUCCCCGGCGCGCAGCCUCGGCCACCGCCGCGCGCACUCCGAGAUCAUCGGCCUCCCCGACGACCUCGACCUCGGCGUCCCGGGCUGCGGCGACGGCGACGGGCCGUCGCUGUCGGACGACAACGAGGAGGAGCUCUUCUCGAUGUUCCUCGACGCCGAGAAGCUCAACGGGCAGCUGCGCGAGGCGUCGGAGACGGAAUCGUCGUGCGCCUCGGCGGGCGCCGGCGCGGGGCCGAGGCCGCGCCAUCACCACAGCCAUUCCAUGGACACGUCGAGCUCUUUCGACGCGGAGCAGCUGCUUGGGACGCCGGCGGUGGAGGGGAUGUCGACGGUGGAGGCCAAGAAGGCAAUGUCCAACGCAAAGCUCGCAGAACUGGCGCUUGUCGACCCAAAGAAGGCAAAAAGGAUUUGGGCUAAUAGACAAUCGGCGGCCAGAUCGAAAGAAAGGAAGAUGCGGUAUAUUUCUGAACUUGAGCGGAAGGUGCAAACCCUGCAUGCAGAAGCAACAACAUUGUCAACCCAGCUGGCACUUCUACAUAGAGAUACGGCUGGGCUCUCUACUGAGAAUAGUGAACUGAAGAUGCGCCUGCAGAAUGUGGAACAACAAAUCCACUUACAAGAUGCUCUGAAUGACGCACUGAAAUCUGAGCUCCAAAGACUGAAGAUGGUGACGGGCCAGAUGGGCAACACCAUCGGGGGGAUGAUGAACUUGAUCGGCCCACGCCCACCGCACUCGUUCGGAGGGAACCAGCCAAUGUUCCACAUUCAGGGCCAGGCUGCAAUGCAGCCACUGCACCAGAUGCAGCAGAUUCACCCUCAGCACCAACAGCCGCUGCUGCAUCCGCUGCAACUGCAAGCACAGCAGCUGCUGUUGCAGCAGCAGGCUUCUGCUGCACCACCACCCAACCCGAAGAUGAAACGGGCCAUCUCCGCUCCGAACCAGUGGAUUGGUGGGUGGCCCGAGUGCAGUGGCAACUGAUCGAGCUCCUGCUUGGAAUACAGGAAUUUCACAGGGAUACCAUGAAACGAAAAUCCCCACGUGGCAAAAUUCAUGCUAUCUGUCAGAGCUGGUUGGAUUCAGGGGGUUGUGGGGUAUCACCCAAGUGUAGAUUGAUCAUCAGCAAGUAUAUAGCCGAUAUACAGGGUUCAAGGCUGCUCAAGUUACAGUCAGUUGUCGAGUCUUCCUUCUGAAGAAAGAGUUUUGUUCUUAUGGGGUCUACAGGUGCAGUUGUUUGUUGAAGGAAAAUGUUACCAACUCAAGCAGAUUCUUCGGAUUUGAAAACUUCUGGGGUCUACAGGUGCGGAUGUUUGUUGAAGGAAAAUGUUAUCAACUCAUGCAGAUUCUUCGGGUUUGUCGAUACGCUGUCAAUCUGAUUAGGAAGCUGGUUUACAAAGGAAGAUGCUGCUGCAUUUCUUAAUCUCAUGCGCUGGCCUUUGUAUGUACAGAUUCUUUUCUUUGUUUUGGUCUGGGGCCUUUUCAUCGUGGAUUCCUGGUCACUUUUGGUGACUGGCAAGUUUUAGUGUCCUCUCUGAGUUAUUUGAAUACAAAAUGAUUCGUAUUUAGCAGCA